AUGAGCACCGUAGCUGAGUUGCAAGCUGAACUAGAGGCGCUGCGCGCCAAAAAUGCGCAGGAAGUAGAGGCGGCCCAGGCCACACUCGCCAAACUGCAGCAGGACCUCAACUAUAUGCAGGAAGACACGGAGUCCCUCGAGAGAGAGGAGGCAGAGCUCUGUAAGCGAUUCGGCAAAGACCGCGGCACCGACACCGCGUCGUCGAUGAAUCAGCACACCGACAUUAUCGCCCAAGGUCUGUGUGGCCUUGUAGACUGCGACGAUAGCAAGUGCUGCUGA